AUGGCGGGGCCCCGGGCGGCCGCGGCGGCGCUGCUCCCGGCGGUCCUGUGGGCCGUGCUGGCGUCCUGGGCCGCCGCCGCCCCCGCCGCCCCCAACGGCACGCUGGGGGCCGAGCUGGAGCGCCGCUGGGAGAGCCUGGUGGCGCGCUCGCUGGCGCGCCUGCCGGUGGCCUCGCAGCCCAAGGAGGCGGCCGUCCAGAGCGGCGCCGGCGACUACCUGCUGGGCAUCAAGCGGCUGCGGCGGCUCUACUGCAACGUGGGCAUCGGCUUCCACCUCCAGGUGCUCCCCGACGGCCGCAUCGGCGGCGUGCACGCGGACACGAGCGACAGCCUUCUGGAGCUCUCGCCGGUGGAGCGGGGCGUGGUGAGCAUCUUCGGAGUGGCCAGCCGGUUCUUCGUGGCCAUGAGCGGCAAGGGCAAACUGUACGGCUCGCCCUUCUUCACCGAAGAGUGCAAGUUCAAAGAGAUCCUCCUCCCUAACAACUACAACGCCUAUGAGAGCUACCGCUACGCGGGCACGUUCAUCGCCCUGAGCAAGAACGGCAAGACCAAGAAGGGGGGCCGGGUGUCGCCCGCCAUGAAGGUCACCCACUUCCUGCCCCGGCUGUGA